AAAAAAAAAAAACAGUGUUGCCAAACAUUUGUAAACUUUUCUCCAAAGCUAUUAACAUACAAUUACCCUGCACCCAAAUGUCUUCCUCCGACGCUGAAGUUGACAUCAGUGUGGUGUCCAGCCCCGAACCUAGUCCGUCGGGCUGUGGUGGCAAUGGACGCGACACGCCACUGCGUUCCGCUUCGCCAGCACGCUCCAACGGCAGUACACCAACUUCCACAUCAACACCAACCACAGCUGCUGGCACACCCACAUCAAGCGCACAUUUCCACAGUCCGACCACGACAGCAUUGGCCGCAGUGCCGCCGACGGUGUUGCAUCAUCAUCUGCAACAUCAUCUCAGCAGCUUAAGUGGUCAUCCGGUAGCGUUGCAUCAUGCGCUCCACACUUUCGGUCAUCUACAUCCCGCUUAUCCAGCACAUCAACAGUUGUUGCAACACGCCGCUGUCACACCGACGGCUGGUCAAAUCGCCAUGGCUUCAGCGGCUGUGGAUCGUCUUAGUCCGCCGGCAAUGGCUGCUAUGGCGCCACAUUCACCCGAACGCAAUGGCAGCGAUGAGGUUACCUCGUUGACGGGUCACAAUAAUAAUCACAAUAACAAUAAUAAUAGUAAACUUUUGAAUCACAAUCAUAAUAGUGAUAGUAAUGGCAGUAGUCAGAAUAUGGCGUCGAGUCGUGGCGAGGCGAAUUGUGGGUCAGCGGUGGGUAGUGGCAAGGCGACUACAGGCAAUGGUUUUACAAGUUUUUCCAUAUCGAGCAUUCUUAGCCGUAGUGAACCGACGAAAAAAAGUGGCGGUAGUCAUAACGGUCCGACGUUGAUCACGCCCAUACCGCAGCUGCCACAAGCAGGCGUAGGUGGACCACAGGAUGCGGCAAUGUUGUCGAGAUUGGGUUUCAUAUCACAAUGGGGCGCUCUAGCUGGUCGCUAUGCAGCGCUGUGUCCGCCCGGUUGGCCUUGGGCGCCGCAACGUAUGCCUUUCCACAGUCCCACACAUGACAGUUCCUCAACGAAUACAACAGAAAAUCCUUCCUCGCCCACAUCGCUCAGCCCCAACCAUAUUGGCGGCAGCAGUGCUGGCGGCAGUGCCAACAAUCACGGCAACGGUGGCAACAAUGGCAACAGCAAUGGUAACAAAUCGCCCUCGCCACACGGUUACAGUCAUAGUCAACAACAGCAUCCACACUUAGCACAUCCACACCAGCCUUCGACGCCUACCAGUAGUAGCGGCGGCAGCGGCGGGCAUCCACAUCUCAGCCAUCAUAGUUCACAUUCGAAUUCCAGCUACUUACUGCCCAGCAGCUCGAACGAGUCGGACGAUGACGGUGAAGAGAUUAUUGAAGAGGACGACGGCAAUGACGGGCCUUCGGAUGGUUCGUCGCCACAAGGCGGUGAUGCAAAUCAGUCGAAACGUAAGAAGAAGACACGCACAGUCUUCUCGCGUGCACAAGUCUUUCAGUUGGAAUCCACAUUCGAUCUGAAACGUUACCUCAGCUCAUCGGAGCGUGCCGGUUUAGCAGCCUCGCUACGUUUAACUGAAACACAAGUGAAAAUAUGGUUUCAAAAUCGACGCAACAAAUGGAAACGUCAGUUGGCGGCAGAGUUGGAGGCAGCCAACAUGGCGAAUAUGGCACAUGCCGCACAACGUUUAGUACGCGUACCAGUGCUAUAUCAUGAUGGCUCGGGUGCAGGUUUUGUGCCACCACCACCGCCACAUCAUCAUCCAAUGCAAUAUUAUGCAGCGGCUGCCGUGCGCAACAGCAGCCCACCACGACCGCCGCUCUCAUCGCUGGUAUAGGGCGUGGGGUGCCUGGCGGCUGCAGUGGGAUCGAACUGUGGCGGUCCCAUUUCACUGUUAAAGCCGUCAUAUGCUAACCAUGCGCCCAUAACACCAACACAGACAAGAUCAGACAUGCAUGAUAUGGACGAUUCGGAGCUGGAUGAGGAGGAGGACGAGGAAGAGGAAGCCGCAAUCGAUGUCGAAGCCGAUGGGGAUGAGGAAGAGUUGCGGCAUGAAAUGCGACAAACGCCACAAACGCCAAAUGGCACUACUACCAAAGACACCACGGCUUUCAGCACCACUAACGGUAAUGGCGCUGGUAGUGCUGGCGUGCGAAAGGCGACACCAUUCGAGCUGUUAGCGAAAAGUGUCAAUUGCCUGGAGAUGCACAGCAACACCGGUGGCAAGGAAGUGAACGUCAAUUACGUUGGCGUUGGGAGCAAUGAAAAUGGCGUUGAGAAAGUUGCUACAACGCAUAAAGUGUACUAAGUGGUUGGCAUGAGUAUGGAAGACGUGAGAUGCUGACUCGGGUGUGUUGUAAAUUUUUAUUGAGUCAUAGUAUUGAGAAUUGAAGAAUAAUUGGUUUCACAAACAAAGAAUUUCAUGAAAGUAAAAAACAAAAACAAAUAUUUUUUAAAGGGGCAAAAGUGUUGCUGGAAUGUGACACUGGAAAGGACAUUGUAAAUAAUUCAUCUUAACUGUCCUUUGUAAAAUAAAAACGUAUUAAAUAAA